UUAACCGCCUCCGUUUCCUAUAAAUAUCUCUCACUGUUUCUUUCUCUCCUAUUCGGGGAAAAAAAAGUUUUAGGGUUUUGUUUUUCUCAGAUCUCACUUUUACAUUCUCUAAAACUAGUGUGUUUGAGCUUUUGCAAUGGCGGCGGAGCCCAAGGCAGUGACUGAGGACGCCAAGAUCGAUUUGUUCGAGGACGACGAUGAGUUCGAAGAGUUUGAAAUCAAUGAAGAGUGGGAGGACAAGGAGGAAGGAAAAGAAGUGACCCAGCAGUGGGAAGAUGACUGGGAUGAUGAUGAUGUUAAUGAUGACUUCUCUCUGCAUCUGAGGAGAGAAUUGGAGAACAAUACAGAGAAGAACUGAUCUAAGUUUUUAGACUCACAUCGUUGUGAUAAUUUGAGCUCAAGAUGGUCUUUUUCCUAUCUUCUUGAACCAGGAUUGUAUGAAAAUUAUACAGUUAACAGGUCUGUAUAAACUUUUAUCAGAUAAAUGGGAAACAAAGAGUCCUUAGCAUGAAUUUCUUUAUACAA